AUGGAUCCAGAACAGGACUUGACCAAGCGUGUCCGAGGCCGAACCGUUACGGCAUGCCUCGAGUGCCGCAAGAUGAAGAAGAAAUGCGACCGGCAAUGGCCUUGCAAUCAUUGCUCAAACAGAAAAAUAGCGCACAGGUGCCAGUUCUCACAGGCGACCCAAAGACAUCAGCAGAUGAUCGCUUCGACCGAGAUGCCCUCAACUGCAACCUCGCCAUUCGUUGUCUCCGGGACGCCGGACGACGCUGGCCAGAUUACGAGUCCAGCAUCCGCGAUGCACAAGUUGGGUUAUCUGUAUUCAAAGAACGAUGUAGUGUUUGGUGGCAUCAUGCCAAAGGCCCAGUACGCAGAGUCCCCAACUGCUCUCCCUGACCCGGUCCUGAAGGCUUCUCGCGUCGUUCCACCACGACCCUACACAGAUGUACUGAUUGGAAACUUUUUUGAUAACGUUAACUAUCAUUACGGGAUUCUUCAUCGGCCUUCAUUCAUGGUGGCUUAUGUCAACUGGUGGUCUCAUCGACGUGAAACGCAGGGCGAGUCCGCUAUGCGAUUGACGUGUCUGAUUCUCCGAAUAUGCGCCAACUCUGCACAGUUUCUCUCACCACAGACCUCAUUACAGCUGGAGACCGACCUGGGUGACUCUGCCCAGGACCUGAGCCGGUCCUAUCACGAUGCUGCACAGACAAUCAGCGCCUUUCUAUCACCUGCCUCUGGGGAUCUUGUCUAUGCGCAACAGCUCUUCUUGGCCGCUACCUGGCAUAAGGGUGAAGCUGACUUUGUCCAAUCGUGGCACGAGCUUGGUGCUGUCGUGAGAGCAGUUCAGGAGAUAGGUGUUCAUACCGACUUCCUCUCCGACGGGCUGAAAGAGUUUGAUAGGGAAAUGCGACGAAGGUUGUGGUGUGCUUUGUAUACUUGGGAAAGAUACAUGGCCGCAAACUUCAAUCGCCCUCCAAUGAUACACUCAAGUACUGCUGUGCCGCUGCCCAAUCCAAAUUUGGACCAGCCGAGUGCUCUCUCGGACAUCCCAUCGCUCAUUGUUGCCAAGGUACUCGAGAACCAGCUCGCCCGGCAACUUGGAGAGGGCGGCAGUGUGGAUGGCACCAGUGUCCGGAGCAACCUGGCAUUUGUCGAAACUUGGAUGUCUUCCCUGCCGCCAGUUUUUAGAGUUGUAGACCCAGAAACGCGCUGGGAUGGAGACUAUCCGUACAUCCCGUUUCAACGUCUUCAGCUGCACUGCGUUGGUUACAUGACCCAACUGUUACUCCUACGAUCUACCUUGACCUCUUCUGGCUUCUUCCCAGCAACAAGCUCUGCAAGAGGUUCUCUUACACCGGAAAUGCUGACAGUCGUCAACCAGCUUGUUGAUGUCAGUCUCAAGGCCAUGGCCGUGAGCAAAGACACCUUUGAACUUUGCUUUCCGCAGCAUUCUAAGUACUAUAUGGUUGCAUUUUGCCCAUUUGACAAUGCAGCUCUCUUGUGUUCUUUGCUUUUGCACGACAACGAUCGGAAAGUGAUUCCAAGGCGGAUGGAAGUCGUCCAUGCUAUUGGUCAAGCGUUGUACAUCUCUCGCAGACUUCGUGGAUGCACCAAAAUGGGUGACGCAACAUGGAGUGUAUUAUCCACUCUUCGAGAUCGCCUCAAUCUGACUGUCCUAGAAAAGGAAAUGGUUAAAGAGACUGAGAACACUGGAAAGAAAAGAGUGGACAGCAUUGAAACGGGCGUUAGCCCCACCACUCAAUUAGAUGAACCUUUUGAGAGGUUUGUUGAUGGGGAAUUGCGGUUGACGGAGGAUAGUUUGGCGGCAGAUGGCACCGACUUUCUAGCUAUGGACUUGGGUAUCUUAGACGCAGUCUGGAAUUGGGAGAGGGUGGGAUUCUGA